UGAGAGACACUAAUUCUUUCUUUUCUAAUCCUCCAUUCUGCAAGUCUUCUACACUCACUGACAGAGUCCAACACAAGCUAACAAUUUUAGCUCUCUUUCACACUAACAACAGCUGAAGAUGAGAGAGGGAUUGUCCGCAGUGGUUAUCGUGAUUUAAUUAUAUGUUCAUAAACCUGCAUUGACAACAGAAGAAUGUAAGAGAACCGGGCCGGGACAGAAGUCGAGAUGGGGGAAGCUCCAAAGGGUUUGCUCUCUGUGAUGCAGAAGCUGAAGGGAUCCACAGAGCUGGAGCUCAGGAUAGUUCUGUUGGGUCUGGACAACGCUGGUAAAACCACAUUGCUCAAGUGUCUCGCCUCGGAGGAUGUGAACACCAUCACACCAACACAGGGCUUUAACAUCAAAAGCGUGGCCUCUCACGGGAUGAAACUGAACGUGUGGGACAUCGGAGGACAGAGAAAGAUCCGUCCUUUCUGGAAGAAAUACCUGGAAAACACAGAUUUAUUGGUUUAUGUCAUAGACAGCGCUGACAAGAAGCGCUUUGAGGAAACAGGAUUGGAGCUGUCAGAGCUGACGGAUGAGGAAAACCUCGCAGGCGUUCCCAUCCUCAUCUUUGCGAACAAGCAGGAUCUGGGUACUGCGUCUCCGGCCAGCGAGAUCGCCGAGGGGUUGAACCUGCACACGUACAGAGACCGAGUCUGGCAGAUCCAGGCCUGUUCGGCGGUCACAGGAGAGGGUGUACAGGAUGGUAUGAAUUGGAUUUGUAACAACCUCGUCAAGAAGAAAUGAUCCUGUCUGGACAAGCAUGUAACAUCUCCUGCACAAUAACCAGAUGAUUUACUUGUAAUCAGUACAAUAAGCUCAAAAGGCUCCAAAGGUGUUAGCAUUUUCCUUUAAAUCCACUGUUUCUAUGUUUUAUUGUAAAAGAGUAAUUGAUUUAAUUUUUUGAACAUUUGCCUUUAGUGUCAUUAGUUUUAGUAUGCCAUACAUUUCAGAUUUCACGAUUAGCCUACUGAGGGUAGGCUACGAACUUCAAAAUGACUAGAAAACAAUUAGAAAUGGGAUGCAUUCUACAGUCUCUCACAAACAGUAACCGCAAUCUGUUUUGUUUGGGUUUGAAGAUAAAUCUUGGCUAAUGUAUUACACUGUACUUUUGAACUGCCUGUUGAUAAUUAGAGGAUAUCAUCACAGAUUUGGUGUAGCAAAUUAAUAAAAAAAUAAAAAAAAAUACACAUCAAAGUAACUUAUUACAUUUAUAUUGUCUUCGAAACAGAACAAUUUAUAAAGUGUUUAUAUUUGUCACAUAUUUGACCCAUCAUAUUCUAUGGAUAUAGUUCUCUAUAGUUCAUAUAGUUUUGUCAUUAUGGAUAAAAAAUAGUCGGUGACAGAAAAAUUGAGUUAAAGAAAUAAUUAAAUUAAAGCACUAAGUGAAAAUAGAGAUUCUAUUUUGUUUAGAAUAUUCUAUUUAUUUAUGUUAAAAUAGCAGGAUUUUCUGCUAUUUAUAGCAAUUAUCUGCACCACAGUAUUGUUGUACAUCAUAAAACAGUAUGCAAUAAAAACUUAUUGUGUGUAAUUUUUUUUAUUUCAAUUCAAAUUCUUAAAUGGAUGCCAGCUUAUUGGGACAAUACACCCUAACCCUACCUUUUACUUUAUUUUCAACUUUUUGAUUAUUUCCUUCAUGUUUACUGAAAAUAAAUGCUUUUCAGAUGUGAUUUGCAAUUUGAAAAGGGAGGAAAAAAGUUAACAAAAAGGGGGAUUCAAACCCUGGUAAAUCGUGUCAAAAAGAUCACUUCUGUAAUAUUGACUAGCCCAAUCAAACGUUGGUGGGCGGAGUUAGUGUAGAUAACCUCUGCCAACAAGAGAGGCUAUUUGCACUUAGUGUAAAUAAAUAAAGGAAAGGAAAUGCA